AUGUGGCUGCCAGAUCUUGAUGAGUGCUGGGGAAACAGUGUUCACGAGAGCAGGAACUUCAGAAAGCUGAAGCAGCAGCUCAUGCUUCUACAGGCCUAUGCCAGCACUCCUUGCAACAUAGCAGAGACCAAUGGCCAGGGUGUAAAGAGCUUCGGCCAGAACUCGCCUGUCACCCGGAGAUGUGCGCACAGACGUCUCUGGAGACGUCAUGAACUGCGCUGCAGCUGUCAGCGCGGACACUGGGCGUGUAGUCGCUUCCAACGGUGGUCGUACGAACGCUGCGGCCUAUCCGGACAGCGCUUCCAGCAAGACUUGAUGAGAAACGGUCGCUCUUGGAGAUGGGCCAUGCCCAGCUUCAACAGUAGCUGUCAAUCAACUUGCCAGAUGUUUGCUUCCUUGAACUGCCCCUACUUGUAG